AUGUCAGAGACUGAGCAGCUGUCUGGAGCUACUGAUAUGUACGACGAUGAGUUGGAUUGUGUGUAUGAAGAAGAGGAAAAUGAAGAUGUGCAAGUGAAAGAAGAAGAUUCAGAGACUGAUGAUCGUGUUUUAGAAAAUGUUGAUCAACUAGCAGGCAAUGAAUCCCUGUCAACUGAAUCUGUGAUGAAAACAGAAGAGCAGACUGAAUCUGCAAUUGAUAUGUUUGAUGAUGAGUUUCAUGCGAUUAUGGAACGAAAUUUUUCUGGUGAAAAGAAUGCCAAUGAAACGAGUGAAGCAGUCAACAAAGAUGCCGAGACGGAAUCUGAUGCUACUGAAAUUGAUGAGGAUAAUCAGUUUGCAGCAGUCAGUGAGUCUCAGCAAAACACCGAACCAGUGGUCAACCGUAGUCCGAGGAGUGCAUCAAGUGAACAACAGCUAAAUCGUCGUCAUAGACGAGCUAAAAUCCACAAGUGUCAGCAGUGCGACAAAAGCUUUCCAUCUUCAUCUCAACUCAAGCGACACCAAUUGGUGCACACUGGCAUACGAGCGCACAAAUGUACAAUUUGCUCCAGAUCAUUCAAUAGGCCUGAUGUCCUCAGAAAGCACCAGCUUGUUCACACAGGCAUUCGAGCUUACCAUUGCCCAGUAUGCUCCAAAUCAUUUGGGGAGAAGGGUAAUCUCUUAAAGCACCAGCUUGUUCACACUGGCAUUAAAGUGCACAAAUGUACGAUUUGCUCUAAAUCAUUUGGGCAGAAAAGUACUCUCAAGACACACAUGCUGAUUCACACUGGCAUUAAAGUGCACAAAUGUACAAUUUGCUCUAAAUCUUUUGGAAAAAAGGGUACUCUCCUUCAGCACCAAUUAAUUCACAGCGACUCUCGACCAUUUCAGUGCUCCGUGUGUCAACAAACGUUCAAAUCGAAAAACGGUUUCAAAGGGCAUCUUCAAACUCAGCAUUCGCAGUAA